UGCGGAACCUUUGCACUCACGUGUGAGUCAAUGCGAGCAACAAUGGCAGAACGGCUUAUACGGAAGGCGUGCGAUCGCUUCCGCGCUGAGUUGACCCCCGAUCAGGUGCAACAAAUCCAGUCUCUCGGGAGGCUCGAUGACAUCAAGCAUGCGCUCCACCAAGUAGAGCGUGAGCUUACUGCUCGACAAGCAUUGCGCGGUUUUGGUCGUCUAGCACCGUUCAUCAAUGCUCUUGAGCACUAUGCCAAGGCCAUCGAAGUCGCGUGUAAUGGCACGCCAUUCAUGCCAUGGAUAUGGGCACCCAUAAAGCUGGUGAUUCUGGCAAUCCAGGAGUCAACCAGCUGUUUGGAUAAGAUGCUUUCCGCGUACGCAAAGAUUGGACAGCGCAUGCCCCGCUUCGCGCGAUAUGCUGGCGUUUUCCCGAACGAUUCUGCUUUCCAGCACCUGUUAGCUUGCCUGUUUGAAGACAUCGUCGAGUUCCAUCGUAAAUCAUUUGAGCUGAUUCGGCGCCCAGGAUGGAAACUGUUUUUCGCCCCACUCUGGGGCAGAUUUCAUUCACGAUUUGAUGAAUUGCUUGACAACAUAUCGUUCAUCAGCGAUGAGAUCGACCGGGAGGCGAUAUCGAUUGAUAUCGUGCAAACGCAAGACAGCCGCCAGAAGGAACAAGAUGAAAACCUCCGACGCGAAGAACGUUUACAAGCCGAGCAGGUAGCUGCCGUGAUGGGCUGGCUGGCUUCAGAUAUCAUUGAACAGGAGGACAGAUUGGAGUGGCUCCGGGGUCGCUGCCAUGAUGGGACCUCAUGUUGGAUCACGAACCACAAAGAGUUCAGAUCCUGGCUGCAACUUGGUCGGGGAAGGCCUGUUCUCUGGCUCAACGGAAAACCUGGAUCUGGCAAAUCGGUAAUCAGCGCCAGUGUGGUGGCUUUUCUCAGAAACGCCAAACGCAGGGUGGCGUACUACAUCUGCAACUAUCAAACGCCCCCAACAAACAUCACCGCACAUAUCCUCCGUUCCAUUUGCGCCCAGGUCAUCACGAUGAUGCCAGAGUUUAUUCCUUACACGUUUGAUGAGUGUAUCGCCAACGGACAAGCACCAUCUGCAACCUGUUUAAGCGAGUUGUUGUGCACCUUCCUGGGCCAGGUGACAGACCUACGACUUGUGUUCGAUGGACUGGACGAGGUACAGUCUUCGGAGCACCGAAAGUUGAUCAACGAUAUUAUGCGACUUACCAAAGGCCCAAAUUCAUCAUGUCGCAUCUUGUUCAUCAGUCAAGACGUACCAACGAUACACGGUCCGCUGUCCAAAGUGCCCGCGGUUCGCCUAUGCCAGGAGAUACAUCACAUCAAUAAGGACCUAGACCUUGUCAUCCAGAUGAGACUGCACGAGAUUGACGAGCAGAACGAGGGGAUGCUAGGACCACACCAUAUCUGCACUUUGAAGAAUGACAUCUUGGCAAGAUCAGAAGGGAUGUUCCUGUGGGUUCACCUGAUAUUAGAGCUCUUGAUGAACGCCUCGAGUAUCGCUGAGCUGAAAAGCGAAGUUGCUUCUGUGCCCAAAGACCUGACCGCAUUAUAUGUCAAAAUCCUCAAUAGAAUCAAAACUCGCUCUGGAGAUGACUUCGGGAAGAUUCGUCGAGUCUUCUCCUGGCUGCUCUGCCACAAAGGCGGGGAUAAAAUUCCAUUAUCGAAGUACACGGUGAGGAUAGCAAUGGCUGUCCACCCUGGCCGUCGAGUGUUAACAUAUGAUGACGUUCCAUUCAUUCACGCUGUGGACAUCUGCAAACCACUCAUUGAGGACGGACCUAAUGGCUCCAUAACUUUCAUCCACUCUACAGUCGCAACAUUUCUCGUACAAGAAGAAAGCGGGCCUUUCUUGUGCCUCCAGGACGCGAGAGUCACUGUGACAUACGCGUGCAUAGCACAUCUGUUGCAGUCGUUUCAGCUCGUCUCUGCCACCAACGCCACAGACAGCCUUUUACCGGUUGCACGCUUCGUAUAUGGAUUUCUUCCCUAUGCAAAUCGAUUUUGGUACGAUCAUCUGAGCCAAUGCGCGGAGAGAAGCCUACCAGAAGCAUUGAGGCAUUUGGUCGUUGAAUUAUGCGCCACCUACCGUGAGCUUGCGCCGCCCAAGAGGACUGCCGAACCGUCAACCGGACAGUCGCAAGCCCCAGAAGCCAUUUUUCAAGGUCUUCUCGAGGCUGAUGCCAAGACUUUGAAGGAGCUCAUCUCGUAUGUCACGACCAACCACUCCAGCGACAACGACAAUAAUCCGAUGACAACAGCCAUCGAAGCGCACCAGCUCAUCACCAGGAAACUGCUGUUGGCUACAGAUAUGUCUGAAUUACCAAAAGAAGUUCUCUUGCAAUUCAAGGACACAGUUGGAUCAACUGCCUUCACUUGCGCAACUUUCGACUGUCCUCGUUCUGUGGUUGGGUAUCCUACACAAUGUAUGCUGCAGCAACAUUCUUUGACCCACGGGCCGCCGCUACGAUGCUUCGAGGGUUGCAAGCUGAACGAUGUCGGGUUCACUUCUGUGAAGAGCUUGAAGUCACAUAAGCGAAAAUAUCAUGGCGAGCAUGUCCCUGAAAUCCCUCGGAAGUUUCAAUGGAAGCACGACGGUGCCGCUACAGCCAAAGCAAACGAAGAGGAGGAAUACGGAAAGAAAACAAAGAAAAUAGAAGUUCAGCUCAAGGCCGGUAUAGUUGGGCAGAAGACGAACGAGGAUGAAGAGGAGAAGAAGGCGAAGGAUGGAGCCGACGAAGCGUCUUCCACAGCGACCGCUAUGCCGGGACAGCAAAUUCCCGAUGGCCCAGAAAAGAACACCGUCUACGCUCAGCAGCUCCUGCUCGUAAAUGGUAUCAGCCCGAGCCAGUUGACACCUCAGCAGUUCCAGCAGUUCCAGAACCAGCCACCACAUGUUCAGAUCAAGUCUAUUCAGGCAUACUCCCAGAACCUGCAACAAAAUCACGGCCUGCAAAUGUCGAACAAACAGGCAGCUAACCCCAACGCUCCUCAGGGACAGGGUUCUCCAAUGAUGGGACAAGCCCCGGAUGGGACCAACCUCAAUGUGUACUACCAUCCCGGGGAGAUGGGAGGUGCCGGCCCUAGCAGCCUUGCUCUGCAGGAAUAUCAAAUGAAAUUAAAGCUACUUGAGCAGCCAGACCUGAAGCGUCGGAUGAUAGCCAGACAGGAGCAGGACAGCAUGGGCAACAUACCACGCGCCGAUGGACAGCCAGGUCCCGCUAGUGCUCCUGGCCAUAACGGGCAGGGUUCCCAGGACACAUCUCCUCAAGCCGCUCGUAUAGGGACAUCACCAAAUCCAUCUGAGCAGACGAAGCGUGAUCCGCCACAGAUGAACUCUGCAGGCAUACCAUUACCCCUACUCGAGGGCACCAACUCCAGAGGCUCGCCGAACCCGAUGAACUUUAUGCCUUACAACAUAGACCCGAAUAUGAACCCUAAGUUCUUCAAGCCAAAUGGGCAACGACAUGGAGCACAAUAGUAUGGGCAAUGUCCAGAUGAACGGGGGUAUGCUGCCACCCAGCUCCCAUCCUGGCCAGCUUAGAUUCGACGGUCUAUGGAUACCAGAAAUGGCUGCCGCCGCGCGCCUGCAAGGCAAUACAUACCAUCAGGACACACAAUACCUUCACGUACGACCAUAGGAUCGAGAAAAUUGAGGGUCCCGUCCGCUCCCCUGCACACAAGCUCGAUACCGCUGGACUAGUAGUUGGGUCGGUGACGACCAGCGAAUCCCCGGUGUUGUA